AUGGCUGAAAUCCGCCGAAAGCUCGUCAUCGUCGGCGACGGUGCCUGUGGUAAAACCUGCUUGUUGAUCGUUUUCUCCAAGGGCACAUUCCCCGAGGUCUAUGUCCCCACCGUCUUCGAGAACUAUGUCGCCGAUGUCGAGGUCGAUGGCAAGCAUGUCGAGCUGGCCUUGUGGGAUACGGCUGGACAAGAAGAUUACGACCGACUCCGUCCCCUUUCUUACCCUGACACCCACGUCGUUCUGAUCUGCUUUGCUAUCGACUCACCCGACUCCCUGGAAAACGUUGAAGAAAAGUGGAUCCCCGAAGUCCUCCACUUCUGCCAGGGACUGCCCAUUAUCUUGGUUGGCUGCAAGAAGGAUCUGCGAUAUGAUAACAAGACGAUUGGUGAGCUGCGGGCUAUUGAUCAGAAGCCUGUCACCCCUGAGGAGGGUGAGGAGAAGCGCAAGUCGAUUGGUGCCUACAAAUACCUCGAAUGCUCAGCCAAGACCAACGAGGGUGUCCGCGAGGUGUUCGAGCACGCUACCCGUGCUGCUCUUCUGUCUCGCACCAGCCGUAAGAGGGACAAGAAGUGUCUUGUUCUGUAA